AAGCAACCCCCAGCUCGUUGCUCUAAACAAUUUGGGGAUUCUUGUCAUAGCCAAGUAAUAUCUGCUCAUUUUCUUGUUUCAUUCCUUUUUCCGAAGAGAACAAUGGUACUGACAGAGGUCUUUCUUGCUGCAUCCCUGCCGGUACUGUUUGAACGGUUGGCGUCUCGCGAGUUCCUGGACUUUGCUACCCGAGGGGGACUUCGAAAACGGUUGGACAAGUGGGAGAAAAAAUUGUUAGAAAUUCAAAAGGUGCUUGGAGAUGCACAUGACAAGCAAUACACUAAAAGAGAAGUGAAAAAAUGGCUUGAGGAUGUCGAAGACUUGGCAUACGACGUGGAGGAUAUUUUGGAUGAGCUCGCCACGGAAGCUGCUCAUUUACAACGCAAGUUGAUUGGUGGAGGAAGACGUGCUAGCACUAGUACGGUACGAAAUCCCGUCCCUGCUUGUUUUACUAGUAAUUUGCCUCAAAGUGUUGUUGACUUCGAGCGUAUGAUGAGAGCAAAGAGAAUGAAAAUCACUCCUCGAUUUAAUGAACUUAUGAAACAAAAAGAUAAACUGGAGUUGAGAGAAAAUGUUGGUGGGGUGUCAAACAUAGGAAGGGAGGAUCAGUUGCCAACUACUUAUUUGUUCAAAGAUCCCGUCUUUGGUAGGGAGAAGGAUGCAGAGGCCGUACUUCAAUUGUUGUUCAGCCAAAAACAUAGAGACGAUGCUAUUUUAACUACAGUCAAUGUGAUUCCUAUAGUUGGUAUGGGGGGUAUAGGAAAGACAACACUUGCCCAGAUUGUGUUCAAUAAAGAAGAAGUGCAAAAGUUUUUUGAUCUAAAAGUAUGGGUUUUUGUUUCUCAACAUUAUGAUGUUGAGACGAUUACAAAAAGAAUAUUAGACUCUGUUGCCUCUGAAAAAAGUAAAGACAAGGAUCUAAACUGGUUGCAAGUCAAACUAAAGGAGAGACUACAUGGGAAGAAGUUUAUAAUCAUUCUGGAUAAUGUUUGGGAUGAGGACUACGAAAAGUGGACUCUCCUAUGUGCUCCUUUUAAAGCAGGUGCUCCAGGAAGUAGCGUUAUUAUCACAACUCGGAAUCAGAAAGUCUCAUUACUUGUGGGAGCCGGUACAGUCACAGCUUACAGGCUGGGAUUAUUGUCAACAGAGGCUUGUUUGUCUUCAUUUGCCCAACAUGCAUUGGGUGCAACUGACUUCAGUGCCCAUUCCGAGCUUAAAGAUAUUAGUGAGGAAAUUGUAGGAAAGUGUAAACGCUUGCCUCUAGCAGUAAAAGCAGUCGGAAGCCUCUUACGCGUUAACCAACACCCCAAUGAGUGGAAAACAGUUUUGAAAAGUGAGAUAUGGGAUAUAGAUCGAGACAAGGAGAAUAGUAUAAUUGUUCCAGCUCUUAUGUUGAGCUACCACCAUCUCCCCAUAUAUUUAAAGAGGUGCUUUGCGUAUUGUUCAAUUUUUCCAAAGAAUUAUGAAUUUGAGGACAAGCAGCUGGUUUUAUUAUGGAUGGCAGAAGGUUUGAUUCAACCACAACCAAACACCGAAGAAAUGGAAGAUUUGGGAAUGAAGUAUGUUCGUGAUCUUUUGUCAAGGUCACUUUUUCAGGAGUCAGACAAUGAUAAAUCAAGAUUACAAAUGCAUGAGCUUAUCAAUGAUCUGGCUAAAUCGGUAGCGGGAGAUACAUGCUUUAGAAUGGAAGAUAUAGUUGACAAUCAUAGAGAUAAAGGGAGUCUUGCUAAAAGGGCCCGCCAUUCGUCUUGGUUGGCUGGCGAAUAUGAUGGAAUUGAAAAGUUUGAGUUUGUGUCUAACCUCAGACGUUUACGUACCUUCUUGCAUCUUAUGUUGCCAUCUUCAGGAAAUUGUUUUAUGUCUUGUGAUGUUCCUGUUCAAUUGCUUCAAAAAUUGCGAAACCUAAGGGUUCUCUCUUUUAGGGCUUACCGUAUAACCGAGUUGCCAGAUUCAAUCAGAAAUUUGAAGCAUCUUCGAUACCUUGACCUUUCUGAAACUUUGAUCAGAAGCAUACCUGAAUCAAUAACAACUCUCUACAACUUACAAACCUUGUUGUUAGAGAAAUGUCUUCACUUAAAGAAUUUACCUUCAAUGUUAGGGAACUUGGUCAACCUUCGCCACCUCAAUAUUCAAGGAGCAAUUCAUUUGGAAGGAAUGCAUAUGCAAAUAGGUAAAUUAACCCGUCUCCGAACACUAUCUAAUAUGGUUGUUGGAAAAGAUAGUUGCUCUGGGAUAAAAGAGCUAGGGUUUUUGCGACAUCUUCAAGGGACACUGUGCAUUUCAAGAUUGGAGAACAUGACUAAAUCCAAUGAGGCAGAGUGUGCUAAUUUAAACAGUAAUCCCAAAAUCGCAGAUUUGACGUUGGAGUGGAGUGAAGAUAUUGAUGAGUCGGAAGACAGAGCAAGUGAGUUAGAGGUACUUGAGAAGCUAAAGCCACAUAAGAACUUGAAAGAACUCACUAUUAGGUACUAUGGUGGUGCAAAUUUUCCGACUUGGUUAAGUUGUCCAUCAUUUGAUUUGGUGUUCUUGACGAUUGAAAAUUGUGAAAUGUGCACAUCAUUGCCACCAGUCGGGCAACUACCAUCACUCAAAGUCCUUUCCAUUGGAGGCAUGAACAAUGUGAAGGAUGUUGGUCAUCUUGAGUUUUGUGGGGAUCAUGAUGUCUCAAAAACUUUUAGAUCCUUAGAGAUUUUGAGUUUCGAAAAUAUGAGAGAGUGGAAGAAUUGGAAUUCCUCUGAAUUAGAAUUUCCAAAAUUAGGUGAGCUUUCCCUUAUAAGUUGUCCCAGGCUAAAGGGAUAUAUACCAAACCACCUCCCUUUACUUAAAAAAGUUCAGAUAUAUGAUUGUAAGGAAUUAAACAUCUCAGAUUCAAACUUUCCAGAUCUGUGUGAAGUGGAAAUUGAGGGAUCAAAAGGAGUGGUGGGCAGAAGUAUGGUUGAAUACAACUCAUUAGAAAUCAAGUCUCUUUCUGAAAACUCAAGAUUCAAAUCUCAAACAGAAGGGUUUGAUAUGCAAGCUGGGCUGACAAAGGUACAAGAUCUAACUAUUUUUAUGUGUGAGGAGUGGACAUAUUUGUGGUCAACUGAUAUGAGGUCACUGCCAUAUCUUCCAUUUCUUCGUCAUCUGCGCAUUGAUAGAUGUGCCAAACUAGUUUCUUUGGUGUCAGAGGAAGUAGAAGAACGACUCCAACAGGGUGGACCACUCAUGCUCAAACAAAUCGAGAUCAAGAACUGCAUAGCCCUGGAAUCCUUACCGAAGGCAAUGAUGUACAACAACACUUGUCUUAAGUUGAUUCGAAUUGUAAACUGUGAUUCGCUUGAGCAUAUUGCAAGAGGCCAGCUACCUCCAACUCUAGAGCGGAUAGAGGUAAGUAAAUGCAAGAAUAUGAAGAUUUUUCUGGAGGAUAAUGAUGCCAACAGUCGUGGCAACACUAUAUCUCUUCUUGAGUACCUGGAAAUUUAUGACUGUCCAUCCUUGGAACUUUUGACAUCAAGUGGAGAAUUACCUGCAACACUUAAAAGCCUCCGUAUGGGAAGUUGUCCAAAGCUGGAGUCAAUAGCGACGAGCUUACAGCAAAACUCAUUUCUUGAACGCAUUGACGUCUCAUUUUGUGAAAAGCUUAAAUCCUUACCAAAAGGUGUACACUCUCUCAGCAGUCUAGCUCACAUUUAUAUUCGAAGGUGUCAGAGUCUUGAGUUCUCCAGGGACCAAGAAUCCUUGCUCCCUGCCAACCUGAGAGUGCUUCAGAUAUCGGAAUGUGAGAAAAUUCUGGCCCUACCGGAUGGCAUACACAACCUCACCUUGCUUCAACAAUUGACAAUACAACAUUGUCCAGUUGUUGUAUGCUUUCUGGAAAAAAAUGUUCUCACUAACCUAACAUCACUUGAGAUAUCUCAUAUCCAGUUCACUGAUGACAUACUCGAAUGCGGUUUGGAGAACCUUACCUCUCUUAUUAAACUUGAAAUUGGAGGAUAUCAGCAUCAGUCCUUUCCAGAGAUGAGGCUACCUACCUCUCUAAAAAGUCUCAGCAUCUCAGAAUCCCCGGAGUUACAACACCUGUCUUACAUGGACUUCAGAAAGCUGGAGUCUCUUGAAGAACUGUUUAUCUCUAAUUGUGGGAAGUUCACCUCCUUUCCAAAAGAAGGCCUACCUUUAAAAAAGCUCGUGAAACUUUAUAUCUACAAGUGCGAAAAGCUCAAGUCCUUUCCAAACAAUGGCCUGCCUCGCUCACUGUUGCAACUUUUUAUCUUUAAAUGUCCUCUGUUGGAAGAACGCUAUAAGAAAGAUGGAGGACGAGAGUGGCGGAAGAUAGCCCACAUCCCUUGCAUUAAAUUUCAUACAAAUCUGUGUGUGUUCUGAUAUCCUUUGAAUUAUCAUGUGGAUAUUGAAGAGAUCCGAUCACUGCUAUUUAUUGCUCCAUGUCUGGUUAGUUUUGCACAAGCUUGGGAGCAUAUGUAGUCUUGUCGGAUGAAGAUCGAUAUUCCUCCUCAACAGCAUACUGAUGAUGGUUCAAAACAGAGAUGCAAUCGCUAUCUGGAAGUACAGAGUCUUUACCUGAAGUAAUCAUAUAACCUUUUCCGACAUCAAAUUUGAUACUCAAUUCUUUGGCUGAAAGUGGAGCUUAUCUUUAUGCAUUUGUACCUAUUUUCUGAUUCUGGAGGUUGCCCUGUUGAGAUAUUACUCUUUGAUCAUGAGAAGGACAUCCUUUCAGAGCAUUUCCAAAAUAUCUAGAGACUUUUAUUUUAAUGUUCAUUUACUGAUUGCAUUGCUUCGUCUUCUACCAAAGGAUGAUCAUUAAUGUACACAACAAUACUUAAAACUUUCUGGAAAAUUUAGAUUGGGGA